AUGGUUCAAUUCACUCGUGCCAACUCGGGCAUGUCUGGCUUGCCUACUGAGGAAGCCGUAGCGGAUCGCAGAGCAGGCAGUCCCAUCCCCAACCGCGUGAGAAACGCCAUUGUCAUCGUCCUCGGAGAAUUCUGCGGAACCUUCAUGUUUCUUCUCCUCUCCUUCAUCGGUGCCCAGACUGCCCUCGUUACCAACAACCCUACCAAUUCUACUGCCCCCUUGGAGCCCUUCUCAUUGAUGUACAUUGCUGCCUCUUUUGGUACUGCUCUCGCCGUCAAUGUCUGGAUCUUCUAUCGUGUUAGUGGUGGCAUGUUCAACCCGGCUGUGACUCUCGGUCUGGUCCUCGUCGGUGCUGUACCACCUCUUCACGCCCUUGCUAUUAUCCCUACACAACUCGUUGCCGCUAUCGCCGCUGCGGGAGUUACUGACGGUCUCAUCCCCGGACCCCUCCUCGUCACAAAUGCUCUCGGCAAUGGUACAAGCAUUGCUCAGGGUGUUUUCAUGGAGAUGUUCCUCACUGCCCAACUUGUCUUGACUGUUUACUUCCUUGCCGUGGAGAAGCACCGCAGCACACAUCUUGCCCCCAUCGGCAUUGGUAUCUCUGUCUUCAUCGCUCACAUCUGCUUGACAAACUGGACUGGCACAUCCAUCAACCCUGCUCGAUCCUUUGGCCCUUCAGUUGUCGCUGGUUUCCAUGGGUAUGAUUGGAUCUACUACCUUGGCCCCUUCAUGGGCUCUUUCCUGGCCUUCGGCUGUUACAAGAUCUUUAAGGUGCUCGAGUAUCAGACCGCCAACCCUGGACAGGAUGAUGACGACUUGGAGAGGGGUAGCAAGCAUCACUUCUUCGAACAUCACGAGAAGGAGCCCAUCGCUCACUCCCAGACCGACACUCUUGAGCCCAAGGACCAUGGUGCUGCCCCACGAAAUGAUAGCCCCAUUGACGGUCAGAUGAGCCAUGCCUAA